UUGGAGAUACAUUGAGCAAAACAAUGCUUUUUACAAAUGCACCUUACAUAACAAUACUGCAAUAUGCAAACAUCUAUAUCAUGGGAUUGGGAUAAUGAACAUCUAUUUGGAAUUUACAAAUACAUUGAAGCUAAACAAUAAAAAUGUUCGACCACCCAAACAAGCCAGCCAUACAAACCUUGCUAAAGUUUAGCUUUGGCUCCUUCUAUAUGUUGUUUUACUCCCAACUCAAUUAAACAAACUAAUCUACAGCAGGCCACAACACUAUGUGAGAUACAAAAAAACGGCAAGAGCUUAGUUGAGCAGCCGUUCUAACCAGGUCAAAGAAACAGUAAACAAUAGCAGAGUUGAUAUAAAAUGCUUGAACUCCUCAGGUUCUUGCCAUUUGGGACAGCUAGAAAUCGAAAUCGAAGGGGAGGCUCCAUAUGUUUGCCUGACAUGGACAUAGCAGAGCUGGAUGGGAAAAUGACAACAGUGUUUGAACAAGUUAUAUGAAACCCUCCCUUCUCAGAUUCUCCCUUGCAACCCUUUUGUUUUCUUGACAAUAAAAUCUAAUUCAUUACUGAUAAGUAGGAGGAACAUGUCUCAUGGCUGCCAUUAUAUAACCCCCAUUACCACCACAGAACCAAAGUGAGAGUGAGAGAUUAGAGAAGAAAUCAACUGCGUGAGAGAAGAAAGACAACCUUGCUCUAGUAUUUGCCUAUUUGGGUUGUGCAGAAACAAACACAAGUUCAACAGAAACAGCAAGAGGUCAAGAGAAGGGAAAGAUGGGCAGAAAGAGAAAAGCUGGGGCUGCUGAAGCUGAAAUCAUGCUCAAGCAGGAGCAACAAAGAGAAGGAAGUGACGAGUUCCAUGAUGAUGGUGAUAAUCAGGUGGAGGAGGAUGGUAUGGCGUGGGAUGAAAUGGUGAGUGAAGCAACAGGAGGAGGAGGGAGGAGAGGGAGGAAGAGGUUCGUGGGAGUGAGGCAAAGGCCAUCCGGCAGAUGGGUUGCAGAGAUCAAAGACACAAUUCAGAAGAUCAGGGUAUGGUUAGGUACCUUCGAUACGGCUGAAGAAGCUGCAAGAGCUUAUGACGAAGCCGCCUGCUUACUUCGUGGCGCUAACACGAGGACCAAUUUCUGGCCCUCUGCUGAUCCUCAUCGUCCUCGCCACUCUUCUACCUCCUCUUCCUCAUCCCCAUCACAGCCUCCUGCAUUGCCUUCCAAGAUCACCAACCUUCUCCUCCAGCGCCUCAAUGCUCGAAACACCCACCGUCAUCUCUCUUCCUCCUCUUCCAGGGUUGUCAACAAGCAGCAGCAGAAGCAGCAACAACAAUUCGUAAGAGGAGGACAAGAAGAUCAAGUCGAUGAAGAUGAAGAAGAUGAUGAUGAAGCAGCCUCAUCUGAAUUAACAGGUUUCUUCAACCAUUUCACUAACGCCAACCCCAUCACCAGUAUUGGGACAAACACAACAACCAAUCAUCCUUACAUGACAGCAAGCAUUGCAGACUCACCAUCAACUAUGAGCGAUGAUAGAAAGGGAGAUUUUUGCUAUGAUAUUGUGAAUGAGGGCUCAGCAACAGCAGCAGCAGUCACAGCAUGGGAUUCAGACAAUUGUCAUAAUAGUAACUUUCACCAGCCAAUCUAUUCCAACGCAGUACAGCAACAUACAGGUGAUCAGUUAGUUGAUCAGGGUGGUGAUUUGGAUUUGGAUAUGGAUUUCAAUUUCGUCAACUAUCUUGGAGCACCCUCCGCAGCUGCAGCAGCUCACUACUCUCCGUUCGAGAUCGCUCAGGAGAUUCAGGAGGAGCCUGUGCUGGAACCAGAUCAUCAAAGCAACAACAAUGGCAUUGAUGACGACGAGCCAUCAAUGCAGCUGAGAGCAGCAAUGAAGCGGAUGAAGUACGAGAGGAAGUUCUCGGCUUCUCUGUAUGCUUUCCACGGGAUUCCUGAGUGCUUGAAGCUGCAGCUUAGUGGGUCGGUAUUAUCAUCUCCGUCUGAACAGUUAUCCAGCCUUCAGAAUGCCUGCAGAAGGAACAACAGAGAAGUGAGUCAUGAGAUAGAGCAGAGGGCAUUGGCAAAAGAAGAUAAAGAUGAAAGCUUUAUUAUGGCAGAUAAACAUCAGAAGAACCCAGAAAGCACCACAGGUGAAGAAUCGACUCUAUGGAGCUCUCUUGAUCUCCCACCAAUCUGCUUCGUCUCAUAAUUACUCAAAACCGAAAUUUGCUUAGCUUUCCCUUUAAUCUCACAUCUUAACCAUACCCACUUACUAGUAUCACUGUAAUUUGAGCAAUGGCGAAACUAUCGUUAUGAUAUCUCUAAGGAGUGUUAAGAAUUGGGGCUUUUUUCCUGUUUAGGUUAAAGCUUCGGUAGCAAAUUAGGGGGAAAGGGUUAGGAGAGCAUAAUGUAUACAGUAUACAUACCUGACAAACAGUGAAUCGGAGAAUUGAGAAGCGAUGGGGCCUGCUUUCCCUUGACGCUGGUUUCCCGCCGUUUGAAGUAGUUCCCCGGCAUCGUCAUCGGCGGCCGGCAGCUCGCCGGUUUCCGCUUGGAAGUUUGGAACAAGACGGAGAGAGUAGACAGAAGCUGAAGGCGUAGUGACUGCUCCACUUGUCAGCUGGAGCUGACUUCAGUCUGCAUAUGUUUAAUUUGCAAUUAACCAAAAUAGUCACCUAACUUUAGACCGAUAACAUACUGGUCACUCAUCAUUAAGAAAAUAUCAAUUUCCCAUUUACCUACAUGCUAAAUACGGUUCUCGACAUCUCUCAACUUACAUUGAUCAGUUUUCUCUUACUUAUUGGGUGGAAAAAGUAAUUCAAAGCUACUUAUUAGAUGAUUUUGAUUAUCGUUCAUAGUCUAUCAACAAUGCUCAAAUGAGUACUAUUUUGAGCACCAUAAAAUUUCGAGUGAAUGCUAUCAUACAAGUUCUCAUAGUAUUAUGACGAUAAUGAGCACUUAUUGUUACCAAUACCGUGUAAUGGUUACCAUCCUAGAAUAAGGCAUCACAUCCACAAAUACUGGUGAUCGCAACGCUUAUCCACAGAUACUGUUGGAUGUGGUACUUUGCCGACUCCCACUUGUCAACAUCGCUUGCCAAGUAGAAGUUAGGGUGCAACAUGUUGAGCACGAAUGUGAUGCCGCCUGAAGAGGAUGAUGCCCACAUCCCUAGCUAAACUAGCUAGAAUUUUGGCAUGAGUCAAGUUACGUGUAAACUAUGUACGAGUGAGUAAAUGCGUGAAGGAGACGCAUAAAUCAAUUGUGCUUACUCUUGACAUUAACGUGCGCACAGUUCCCGCAUAAGCAGGUCAUUUUCCCUAAGAAUGAAGGCAUCCAAAAGAUUGUUGAACACUUGAAUGCCAAUUCAUAUACAAACCAACUAGCUAUAGCAAUAAUUGCACACCACAUACGCACAUAAUAUUUUGUCCUUUAACCAUUUAUUUCCCUUGCCUACUUGGGCACACAUGAAGCAAAGUUGUCAUACAAACAUUAAUCAACAAUCAUUUCUAAAUCUUUUAAAAAAAUAACCGUUCAUUCCCCCUUUUGUAAUAUACGGUACUAGAUGGUGAUGUCGUGUCUUGUCGCGAGACGGAGAUGGUCUAUGAGCAUGUAUUAUGUGGUCCGUUAUGAUGUUUUGUUAGUAUCAUUAGCCUAAAAUUAAUUCUUUAUUAGUAGUUUUGUCAGUAGUAUUGAUUGAGAAGAGAUAUAUGGCGGUCAACAUCCAAUUUAAUUUUUUUGAAAUUUUUGGCUAAUAAUUGAUAUUUACCUAAAUCCAAGUAGACCCAUUGAUUAUGGGAAGGGAAUGAGUGACUUAUAUAUGGGUUUGGAAGUUUGUAUAUGGGUUUGGGUAUGGAUUCCCAUUUAUUCGAGAGUGUUUUAAUUACACAUACAAAAAUUAGACUUAUUUGUAGGACUUCAAAAGUUUAGGUACCAAAAUGUAACACACACAAAUUUUAGGUACUAAAAUAUAAUGUUUCAUUAAAUUUUUUAGGACUUA